AUGACCACGGCGGACGAAUACAAAGCAGAAGGUAACAAAUACUUUGCCGCAAAGGAAUUCGAAAAGGCAAUUGAGUCAUUCACAAAAGCUAUCGAAGCUUCACCUCAACCAAAUCACGUUCUUUAUUCCAAUCGUUCUGGAUCUUAUGCAUCGUUAAAAGAAUAUGACCAAGCAUUAAAGGAUGCGCAAGAGUGUAUCAAGAUUAAUCCUUCAUGGGCCAAAGGUUACAACAGAGUAGGAGGAGCUCAAUUUGGUUUAGGAAAUUUGGAGGAUGCCCAAAAGGCGUACGAAGAGUGUUUGUCAUUGGAUGCCAACAACGCCCAAGCCAAAGAAGGGUUGAAGUCGGUUGAGAAUUCUAUUAAAGCACGUAAUUCUAGUGGUGAUAUGGGUUUAGGUGCCAUUUUCAGAGACCCUAAUUUAAUCACCAAAUUAAAGAGUAAUCCAAAGACUAGUGAAUUGAUGAAGGACCCUGAUUUGGUUGCUAAAGUGUUGAAUAUACAAGCCAACCCUCAAACGAAUGCUACUCAACUUUUAUCUGACCCUAGAUUAAUGACAAUAAUGGCAACAUUGAUGGGAAUAGACAUGGAUUUCUCUGCCGAGGGAGGUGAACCAUCGUCCAAGACUGAAGAUGAUGCUUCAAAGCCUGAAGAAAAGGUAGAAACUGAAAAGAAGGAAGAACCAAAGCCAACAGAAGAAACUAAAUCAGAAACGAAACCUGCAGCUGAGGGAAAGAAAGUUGAUAGUGAAGGAGAUGUGGAAAUGAAAGAUGCACCACAGGGUGACAAGGAAGCCGCUGACAAGGCAAAAGCAGAAGGAAACACCCUCUAUAAGCAACGCAAGUUUGAUGAAGCUAUUGCAGCCUACGACAAGGCUUGGGAGUUGCACAAAGAUAUCACCUACUUGAACAACCGUGCCGCCGCAGAGUACGAGAAAGGUGAUUACGACGCUGCUGUCGCCACAUGCGAUAAGGCUGUUGACGAAGGAAGAGAUAUGAGAGCUGACUACAAGCUAAUUGCCAAAUCAUUUGCCAGAUUGGGUAACAUAUAUUUGAAAAAGGACGACUUAGAACAAGCCGUCAAGUACUUUGACAAGUCAUUGACUGAACACCGUACACCAGAUGUAUUAAAUAAAUUAAGGAGCACACAAAGGGAGAUUAAAAGUAGAGAAGCUCAAGCGUACGUUAAUCCCGAGAAAGCUGAAGAAGCUCGUUUAGAAGGAAAAGAGUACUUCACCAAGGGGGAUUGGCCAAAUGCGGUCAAGGCAUAUGGUGAAAUGAUCAAGAGAGCUCCUGAGGAUCCAAGAGGUUACUCUAAUAGAGCUGCAGCAUUGGUCAAGUUGUUAUCAUAUCCUGAUGCCGUUAGAGAUUGUGAUACUGCAAUUGAAAAGGACCCAGAUUUCAUUAGAGCAUACAUUAGAAAAGCCAAUGCCCAAUUGAUGAUGAAAGAGUAUAGUCAUUGUAUGGAAACACUCAAUGAAGCACGUGAGAAGGAUUCGAAAUUGGGAGGCAAGAACUUGCAUGAAAUUGACCAGUUAUUUGGCAGAGCCAGUACACAAAGAUUCCAAGCCAUUGAUGGAGAAACCCCCGAGCAAACCAUGGAAAGAGUUUCGAAAGAUCCGGAAAUUGUGCAAAUAUUGCAGGAUCCAGUCAUGCAGGGAAUAUUAUCUCAAGCUAGAGAUAACCCGGCAGCAUUGCAAGAUCACAUGAAGAAUCCCGAAGUUGCCAAGAAGGUUAAUAUGUUGGUUGCAGCAGGUGUUAUUCGUACGAGAUAG